UUUAGAUUUUGAAUAUCGUGGAGCUGUUCGACUGGAAUAUGGAAUUUUCUUUCAUUUUAUUUAUUCAACAUUGUAUUUAAGAGAGAAAUAACAACAUUAGCACAAGCAGUAACAUAUUAAGCAUAAAUAAUGUUUGCAAAACAUAUCUCAGCUUGUCGCUUGUAUUUGCGAUCAGCGAAAAUUUUGCGCUCUGGAUACAUCAGGAAUUUUCAAAGCCACCAACAUUCCAGUAUGGAGACGAUAUCUAUCUGUGUUGAAGGAAACAUUGGUGCUGGUAAAUCAGAAAUGCUUAACUUUUUUGCUAAAGACCCUACAAUAGAGAUUAUCUCUGAACAUGUCAAGAAAUGGCAGAAUGUAAAUGGUCAUAAUAUGCUGGAUCUGAUGUACAAGGACCCUUAUCGUUGGGGAUUUACUUUCCAGUCUUAUGUCCAACUCACAAUGCUACAAAAUCAUAUGAGUAAAUCUGCCAAACCAGUACAAAUGAUGGAGAGGUCUAUUUAUAGUGCAAAAUAUGUUUUUGUAGAGAAUUUGUACAAAAGUGGUUUAAUGCCAAGUGUGGACUAUGAAGUUUUAACUGAGUGGUUUAACUGGGCUACCAACCAUCUUGACUUUCAUGUUGAUCGAAUUAUUUAUCUUAGAUGCCAUCCAGAAACAGCACUUGAAAGAAUUAAGAAACGAAAUAGAAAAGAGGAACUAAAUAUAACUUUGGAAUAUCUCCAAUCUUUACAUGAACAACAAGAAGAGUGGCUCAUACGUGGUUGUUAUGGAAAACAUGCAGAAGUCCUGGUUUUGGAUGCUGAACAAGAUCUGGAAAGCAUGUUGGAAGUUUUUGAAAACUCUCGAAAUAAGAUCUUAUGUCUGUAAAUGAAAGACAUAAAUCUACUGCCAUAACUUUUAACACUCAAUUUCUAUGUCAGAUGUGCUAGAUUUAUACAGCAAUCCAGCAGAGAAUUUGGGAUCAAUGUAGUGGAGUAUGUUUAUGUGUGUUUUAUGUCUGUUUCAACUAAGUGGACAAAAUAGUGGUUAUAAAAUGAGAUUAUGGCAUUCAAGUGACUAGGUUAGAGAUUUUCAGAGUCCCUGGCCACAUUCCUUUUCUAAUCUCAGAUUUUAUCAUUUUCUCCCUGUCUUGAAUUGCCAUCCGAUAAUUUUUUUUACCACUACACUUUUUUUGGUAGUAAUAAUUGAAACUUUGAUAAAGAAAAUUAAUUCUUUUAUUAAAUGGGGGAAAAAAAUCCUUAUUUCAGCGGAUCAUAAAAUUUCUAUGUUAUUUAAUAUUCAACUAUCAUCAUCAUCAUCAUCAUCAUCAUCAUUUAACGUCCAUUGUCCAUACUGGCAUGGGUUAGACAGUUUGACCAGGGCUGGCAAACUGGAAGGCUACACCAGACUCCAGUCUGAUUUGGCAUGGCUAGAUGCCCUUCCUAAUGCCAACUACUCCGAGAGAGUAAUGAGUGUGUUUACAUGCCAAGUCAAAAGUGCAUUUUUAUCACCCAAAGAAAAAAAUAUUGAAGUACUGAAAUCCUUGCAGCACAAAACUUCCAUUUAAUUUGAUGCCAACUUUUGUCUGCACACAGAAUAACUAAACUAGAAAAUCAUGAAACAAAUCCAGUUAGUUUUGCUCAAAGAUCUCCAUGAUUAACAAAUGUUUAGACAUCCUCCUUUUUUAGUCAAUGUAUCCAUUACAGCAUUAAAGACAUAUCUAACUAAGUUAUGCCACUGGAAAGGUCAGAAACAUUUGUUGGGCCUUUGUAGCUCAUUUGUUAUAUUUGCCAUCAUUUUAGGGUUCCAUCCACAUGAAGUGUUGUUUUAAAGCAAGGAUCAGUUUCAUCCUGUCAUCAUUUGUUAUGUCCAUUAGCUUGUCAAUUUAGUCAAACUCCAUUUUAGCCAGGCAGUCAUUAUUUUGUCAGUUAAAGAGAAAGGGUUGAGAAAUCCAAGAAAGGAAGCUCAUUUGCUUCAGAUCAACGAAUUUGUUGCUUAGAGCUGGAGAGGUGUUCUGGGAUUAAUUGUAAAACAUUUUGUGAUGAAUCAUAUUUAUUGAAAUGUGUGAAGUGAGAGUGGUUAUUUCUCAAAACCUGAGCAUUUU